AUGCUUCGAAAAUGGGGCUAUAAGUCCGUCUUCAUCAUGGGAUUAUGUCUUUAUGGAAUAGGAGCCCUCUGCAUGUGGCCAGCUGGUUUGAAUCAAUCGUUUGGCGGAUUCUGUGGUGCAACCUUUGUGAUUGGUUCAGGAUUGGGCUCGCUCGAAACGGCAGCGAAUCCAUAUCUCUCAGUUUGCGGUCCACCAAAAUAUGCCGAAAUCCGAAUUAACUUCGCUCAGGCUUUCAAUGCCAUAGGCACGGUAGUAGGGCCCGUCCUUGGCUCCUAUGUAUUCUUUUCUACGACGGAAGACGAUGUCAGCGCCUUACAGCGAGUCCAAUGGGUAUACCUUGCAAUUGCUAUCUUUGUCUUCUGUCUUGCAGGAGUAUUUUAUAUCUCCAACAUUCCCGAAGUUACAGACGCAGAUAUGGAGUUCCAGGUUACCCAAACGCACGUCACUGACAAGGACGAAUCGUUCUGGAAACGAUAUCAGCUGUUCCAUGCAGCAUUUGCGCAAUUUUUAUAUGUUGGCUCGCAAGUGGCAAUCGCAUCAUAUUUCAUAAAUUACAGUGUAGAAACACGAGCAGAUACUUCUAGCGCCCUGGGAGCAAAAUUCUUAGCUGGCGCGCAGGGGGCAUUUACAGUUGGUCGAUUUUCAGGAGCUUUCCUCAUGAAGUAUAUCAGAGCUAGAUGGAUAUUCCUCGUCUACUUAGCUGGAGUCGUUGUUUUUCUAGCUGCGUCUACCACACAGAGGGACAACACAGGCAUAGCUAUGCUUUUUAUGGUUCUAUUUUUUGAAUCAGUUUGUUUCCCAACUAUCGUUGCCUUGGGAAUUCGUGGUCUAGGCAAACACUAUAAACGGGGAUCUGGAUUCAUAAUUGCCGGUGUUUCUGGUGGCGCUGCCAUUCCACCGCUUCUCGGCUAUGUCGCUGACUUGCAUGAUUCGACUGGAUUUGCAAUGAUCGUUCCAACAGUUCUCAUGGCGGCGGCUUGGACAUAUGCCGUAUGUGUAAAUUUCGUCCCCUCUUACCGUGACCCAGCGGAUAAGGUUGGAGACAGUAAUCUUGGUAUCGCAGACGUCAGGGCGGAUGAAGAACAUACCGGCGCUGAUAUACAAAUCGCAAAGUCGGAUUCCCCCUCAAAAGGGGUUGAAUUCGUAGCUCCAAUCGUUGGGGAGAAGGAAGUGAAGUAA